CGUCUCGCUCGCCGAGCGCCUCCACGGCAGGCAGGACUCGAAAUUGCCGUGCAUCUAGUUAUCAUCCGAGCGAGGAAGUGACUGCAGCAUCGCGUACGGCAGCGGCCAAGGUCACAGAUAAGAGCAACUAACCUCACGCUUUCCAAGUGCAAGAUGUCCAGCCAGUGCAAGCUGCCCUGCCUGCCCCCUCCUGCCUGCAAAGAGGAGGCUGCACACACUGACAUUUGCUCCUCACAGUGCGCCGUGGUGGACCUGGGCACCUGCUCCCUACAGGACAUCCACCGCUGUCCUGAACCGACUUCCCAGGUGGACCCUUGUCUAUGUCAGAGUGCAGCCGCCUACACGGAUGCUUGCCCUCAGGUUGGGUCCACCUGCUCACCUCCUGCUGUCCCCGUGCCCGGGGACUCCUGCUGCCCUGAGCAUGAAGCUGCCUGUGACUCCUGUUCAUCCACCUGUGCAGGUGCUGUCGCAUGCCCGGCAGCGAUCUCCUGUGACUCCCCUCAAAGCAAGGGAGGGGCCAACUUCCCACUCCAACCCACAGCCUUGUCAGUGGAGCCCUGUGACCCUGAGAUGGUCAAGACCGGUGUGGAGACCUUCCCCAUGCAACAUCCGAUCUCAGCAGUAGAUCCCUGCACCCUCGAGACAGAUGGGACCUGUGCGAAGACAUUCCCCUUCCAGCACGUAAUCCCAACAGUGGAGCUCUGUCCCCCUGACAUAGCUGGGACGCGUGUGGAGAUCUUCCCCCACCAGCAGACAAUCUCACCAGUGGAGCCUUGCAUUCCUGAGACAGCUGGAACCUGCAUGGAAAACAUCCCCUUGGAGUACUCAGUCUCAACUGUGGAGCCUUGCACCCUCGAGAUGCUCGAGACCCCUACAGAGGAGCUCUGCUGUCCUCAGGAUGUAAUCAUCAGUGAUCCCUGUCUCAAGCAAUCCUCGGUUCGGUCCUCAGAUCCCUGCACAUCCCAAAGUGUGAUUUGUGCAGAGCUGUGCGUGCCCCAGAGCACCGCGGAACCCACGGAGACGUGCACGCCCCAGAGCACUGCGGGAUCUGGAGACACCAGCUCUGCCAAGGGCACAGCCAAGGGUGCCGGCGCCUCCCCAUCCCCGCGACUCCCUUUCCGCCUGAACACCAGCACUGCUGCCAUCGUGGAGCGGUGCCUUUCCAGGUGUCAAAACUGGUUGCGAGGCAAGAAGUAAGAGUAGAACCAGUGGGCACACAGAGAAGAAGUCUCCUUGCACAAAUGAGACCUCCUCUGGUGAGUCUCUUGUUUUCUCUCUUCAACAAGAG